CCGGGGCUUCCCCCCGCUGCAGGGAGCCGCCGGGUCCGGCUGGUGGACGGGGCUGGGCGAUGUGCAGGGAGAGUGGAGAUCUACUACCGGGGGCAGUGGGGCACGGUCUGCGACGAUGCCUGGGACAUGGCCGACGCCGACGUGGUUUGCCGCCAGCUGAGCUGCGGAUGGGCCGUGGAGGCGGCCGGCUCGGCUCGCUUUGGGGAGGGCUCUGGGCACAUCUGGCUGGAUGGCGUGAACUGCUCUGGGGCCGAAUCUGCUCUCUGGAACUGCUCUGCUGAGGCCUGGGGACAGCACGACUGCGGGCACAAGGAGGAUGCGGGAGUUGUCUGCUCAGAAUUCGUGGCCCUGAGGCUGGAGGACGGCGAUGGCUGCUCCGGGCGCCUGCAAGUUUUCUACAAUGGGACGUGGGGGAGCGUUUGCUCCAACUCGAUGACUCCCUCCAUGGUGCCACUGGUGUGCAAGGAGCUGGGCUGCGGGGACGGAGGGACCCUGGAAACCAGCACCUACUACCGCAGGGUGAAUGGCAGCGCGUGGCUGGAUCACGUGCAGUGUGGGGAGAGCAACAGCUCCUUCUGGCAGUGUCCCUCUGAUCCCUGGCAACUGCAGUCGUACGAUGAUGUGCGAGACGAGGCCCACAUCACCUGCAAUGGGAGAAAGCCGGAAAGGACGCCGGUAGCUGCGUGCCCCAAUUCCACGAGCUGCACAGACAGGGAGAAGAUCCGUGCUGUGGGAGGCAAGGACGGCUGCUCGGGCAGAGUGGAGGUCUGGCACCGUGGCUCCUGGGGAACCGUGUGCGACGACUCGUGGGACGUGCAGGAUGCCGAGGUGGCAUGCAGGCAGCUGGGCUGUGGCCCUGCGCUGUCUGCCCUGGCCGAGGCUGCGUUUGGGGAGGGGACAGGACCCAUCUGGCUGGAGCAGGUGGAGUGCAGGGGCACGGAGCCAUCUCUGCAGGAUUGCUGGGCCCGGACUGCGGAUGGCGGUGCCUGCCGCCAUAAGGAAGAUGCAGCUGUGAACUGCUCGGCUGCACCCAGGAUGACAGCAUCCCCCCCACAAAGAGACCCUGGGCAGAUCCUGGGCUAUGCGGCCGUCAGCAGGAGAGUCUCGGUGCCUGUCAUCAUCUGCAUCAUCCUGGGGCUCCUUGUUUGCCUCCUCCUGGCCCUCCUGGCAAGGCAGAUGCAAAGUGCCAGAGCUCGGCACAGAGACUCCAGGAGAUCCGGGGAGCCCUUCUCCGAAGCCGUGUACGAGGAGAUUGAGUACAGCCCAGUGAGGGAGAAGAAAAUGAGAUACAGUUUCUCAGACAUCCCUGUUCUGCCCGCUGACUCCCCAGUGGAGGGCUAUGAUGAUGCCGGGGAGGCUUCUGACCCUGGGGAGCAUCCUGUGCCAGGGCAGGGAGACUGGCAAGUGCCUGGGGCACAGGAGGAGGGAGAGGGACCCAGGGAUGCUGCCGGAGGAGAGAGUCUGCACUCCUGGAGAAGUGUCGGAGCCCCCGAAGUUGAUGGAGACACCUCACCUCUGUCCCUUGGGAGCACGGGCUACGAUGAUGCUGAUGAGAUGUCUCUGUCGUAACCCCAUUGGACACAAGGCUGUGACACCAGAGCACUGGGAUGCCUGAGCUCUGGGCAGCAGACUUUGUCCCUGCCAUGAAGUUGGCUUUUGUAGACACAAAGGAGAGGUCAGUGCCGCUGGGAGAGCCGUGAGUGCCGGGAGCUCUUUUCACAGGGACGUCAGACAGCCAUGCAACUCCUCCAAGCUUUAUUCCUCUGCUUUUAUGCUGUGCAUCGGUAUCGGUUCCUAUUAAAACCCUGUGAGAGCUUUGAGCCAGAG